UUUGCAACUCGUUUCGCCCUUCAUCUUUCCCCUCCGGAUUCCACAUAGCCAUGAUUCUACGGCACAUCAUAUCUCAGUCAUUACCUUCCAAUAUGUUAUCCUUACUUUUGUUGUUAUCCACCACAGUCUUUGUAAUGGCAGCAGACUUUGAUUGCCAUGUGGCGACUGGAGGGAUGAACUGGGACCUAACGCCGCUGAAGAGCACGCAGACAUUGACCAGGACACGGGAAUCGCCGCCUACAACUAUGGUGGAUGAACUCAGAUUUAAGUUGUGCAAGGACCUGAAAUCAAUGAAGGGUGUGCCAGACGAUGAACAGUGCGAGUCUGGGACAAGGGCAUGUUUAAGGACGACGAACAAGAAGACCUCGCUGGAUGACCGGGUGAUUGCUGUCAUACCUAUUGCAUCGACGUCCAUCCUUGAGCCAGAAUAUGCAAAGCUUGAUUCACCGAAAGGUCUCUCGUUGACAUUUCACGGCUCCCCAUACCCCUCCUCCUCUGAAGAUUCCCAGUCUAUCAAGUUCUCCCUCUUAUGUGCCGACGCGGCAGAAGAACCCAAAUUCGUCUCAUAUGAGAACGGAACAGCACAUGUCGAGUGGAGUACACCCUCAGCUUGUGGUUCACAGGAUGGGGAAUCUCCACAAGAAGAUGAUGAAGACACGCCUGCGGAUGGAGGCGGUGGAGAUAGUGACGAGAAACCAACUCAGAGUGUGGGCAGUGGACUUGGGUUCUUCUUCCUUGUCCUUAUUCUAGCAUUUGCGGCCUAUCUCGUACUAGGCGCAUACUAUAACUAUUCCACAUAUGGUGCUCGCGGCGUGGAUCUUAUACCACAUCGAGACUUCUGGCGCGAAGUGCCAUACAUGUUGCAAGACGUUGUAUCUCAUCUAUGUUCAACAGUUCGACCACGACAGUCGAGCCGUGGAGGGUACAUUGCCGUAUGAUGAUCACGUGUUGUUUUCUGGGACAUGUUUUCUAUAUUCAAUGGUUUCAGAUAUAGACGACGGUACAUGCUUUCUAAUCUAAUUAUUGCCCUAACGCCUUUAUGCUGUUAAACUGCACUGGAAACAGAUUGGAGGUGCGAGGUGAAUAAAGAUGUCACGUUCUUCUGAAAUCGAUCCAGAUGAAAUCCACGAAGUCUAGUUAAUUAGCAACGCUGUUCAACGCGCCUGUUCGCAACUGAUACGUCUCG